GCCGAGCCCAGUCCCACCGAUCAAGCAUCGACGCUGCCAGCUCCAAGAACAUCAUGACCGACACCACUACCCCCGUCGCCGCCACCGAGCCCGUGGUCGCCGCCACCGCGGAGACCCCCGCCGCCACCCCCGCCGCCACCCCCGCCGCCAAGCCCAAGAAGGAGAAGCCCGCCAAGAAGGACAAGGCCCCGGCCGCCGGCAAGGACAAGGCCGCCGGCAAGGACAAGGGCCAGACCGCCGUGGCCGGCGGCGUGGACGCCGACAAGACCACCGCCUUCAACGACUGGUACCAGCAGGUCAUCACCCGCGGCGAGCUCAUCGACUACUACGACAUCUCCGGGUGCUACAUCCUCCGCCCCAACGCCUUCGCCAUCUGGGCCGCCAUCCAGAAGUGGUUCGGCGGCGAGAUCGCCAAGCUCGGCGUCGAGGAUGCCUACUUCCCGAUGUUCGUCUCCAAGGCCCGCCUGGAGCUGGAGAAGGACCACAUCGAGGGCUUCGCCCCGGAGGUGGCCUGGGUCACCAAGUCCGGCGACUCGGACCUGGCCGAGCCGAUCGCCGUCCGCCCCACCUCCGAGACCGUCAUGUACCCGGCCUACGCCAACUGGAUCCAGUCCCACCGCGACCUGCCCCUGCGGCUGAACCAGUGGUGCAAUGUCGUCCGCUGGGAGUUCAAGCAUCCCCAGCCCUUCAUCCGCACGCGCGAGUUCCUCUGGCAGGAGGGCCACACCGCCUUCGCCACGCUGGAGGAGGCCGCCGCCGAGGUCCUCCAGAUUCUGGACCUCUACGGUCGGGUGUACACCGACCUGCUGGCCGUGCCCGUGGUCCCGGGCAAGAAGUCCGAGAAGGAGAAGUUCGCCGGUGGCUACUACACCACCACCGUCGAGGCGUUCAUCCCCACCACCGGCCGCGCCGUUCAGGGCGCCACUUCCCACUGCCUUGGGCAGAACUUCGCCAAGAUGUUCGACAUCACCUUCCAGGACCCGGCCAACCCGACCGGCGACAAGCUCCACGCUUGGCAGAACUCCUGGGGCCUGACCACCCGCACCAUCGGUGUCAUGAUCAUGGUCCACGGUGACAACAAGGGCCUGGUCCUGCCCCCGCGCGUGGCCUCCACCCAGGUCGUGGUCAUCCCCUGUGGCCUGACCGCUCGGACGUCCGAGGAGGACCGGCAGAAGCUCCUGGCCAAGGUGGCCGAGGUCCAGGCCGCCCUGGCCGACGCCGGUGUCCGUGUCAAGACCGACGUCCGUGACAACUACACCGUCGGCUGGAAGUUCAACAACUGGGAGAUGAAGGGCACCCCGGUGCGCAUUGAGAUCGGCCCGCGCGAUCUGGCCAACGGCCAGUGCGUCGCCGCUCGUCGUGACACCGGCGACAAGGCCACCCUCUCGCUGGACACCCUGGCCACCGAGAUCCCGGCCCUGCUGGACACCAUCCACAAUGACAUGCUGGCCCGCGCCACCGCCGAGCGCGAUGCCCACAUCCUGACCACCAUCACCUGGGCCGACUUCACCGCCGCCCUGGCCAAGAAGUCCAUGGCCCUGGCCCCCUGGUGCGAGGAGGUUGCCUGCGAGGAGGAGGUCCGCCGUCGGUCGGCCAUCACCGCCGCCGCCGAGAGCGCCGAGUCCGACGAGAAGGCCCCCAGCAUGGGCGCCAAGUCCCUGUGCAUCCCCUUCGCCCAGCCCGCCGACCAGGACAUCUCCAAGCAUGUGUGCUUCCAGUGCGGUGCCGCCGCCAAGAGCUUCACCCUCUUCGGUCGCAGCUACUAAAUUCACACGCCCGACACGCCCAAACCGCCGCCACAUGGGGGCAGGGCCGGCGAGCGAGGCCCGGGAGCGGCACGCGGGGGGGGGGGGGCCCUCUCUGAUGCCCGGGGUGGGGAUGUGACUCCAGCCCUCUGUCCCCCCCCCCCC